GGUUGCGGGACGUGGACCCGCACGGACGGUAGCUCGUUGAACCCAAGUUCGGUCUGUUCAAGUCUUCAGUUUGUUCUUUGGGUCGUGUUUUGUUUAAAGAGCGGGAAAACGGCAGCUUCGAGCGAAUUAAGUGAGAAGGUUUCCGCCAUGAUGGAUGUGGAGUGAAAGAGACAUGUUGGAUAAAAGAUCCGUGGAGCUUCACGUGGAGGAGAUCGGAGGGAAACACGAGAAGGAACCGUUCAGCAGUCGGUACCGCUGCGGUCCUCUGCUCGGCAGCGGCGGGUUCGGUUCGGUGUUUUCGGGUCAGAGGUUGUCGGAUGGAUUACAGGUUGCCGUCAAGCAGAUCUGCAGUGACAGAGUCCAGCACUGGACCCGACUGCCCGGCGUGCUCCGACCCGUUCCCAUGGAGAUCGCUCUGCUUCAGCGUCUGUCAGAGGUCGGAGGUCACAGCAGCGUCAUUCGGAUGCUGGACUGGUUUGAGGUGGAGGGGCGGGGCUUCCUGCUGGUGAUGGAGCGGCCGCCGCAGAGCCAGGACCUGUUUGACUUCAUCACAGAGCGAGGAGCGCUCCCUGAACGCCUCGCGCUCAGGUUCUUCCGACAGAUCGUGGAGGCGCUGCAGUUCGUCCACGCGCACGGCGUCGUGCACAGAGACAUUAAAGACGAGAACAUUGUGGUGGACACGAGGACUCUGGAGGUGAAGAUCAUCGACUUUGGGUCGGGAGCGCCGCUCAAAGAGUCGGCUUACGGCGAGUUCGAAGGUACACGAGUCUACAGUCCUCCGGAGUGGGUCCAGACCCGGUCCUACCACGCCGUCCCGCUCAGCGUCUGGUCCCUCGGCGUCCUGCUCUUCGACUUGGUCUGCGGAGACAUCCCCUUCGAGCAUGACCAGGAGAUCAUCGAGGCCACGCCCACCUUCACCAGGCGCGUCUCUAAAGAAUGCCAGGCCUUGAUUCGCUGGUGUCUGUCCUACCGGCCGGAGGACCGCCCCUCCCUGGAGGACAUCUUGUCUCACCCCUGGAUGGAGGGAGGGGAGGAGGAGGAGGAGGAGCCAAGCUCACUGCCCAGUGUGUCGCUGUGAGGAUGUGAACUGGAUCAGAGCCAAA